ACAUGAACAUGCUGAAGACGGUGGAGCUCCAUGAUGUUCUAAGGUAAAAAUGUAUAUAUGUUGUAUCUUGUAAUUAUAGCCUCUUCACAUGUUUGGUCUUGUUUACAUUGUUAGGGCAACGGUGUGGGUUGCUCAACUAUCGGUCUUGAGUAUAAAUAGAGAAACUGAAGCUGGAGACUGAGAUGAGAGGAAGUGGAGGUAAGUAACACCUAUUUCCAAUAAGCAAUGAUAUUUAAAAUUAAGUUUUCUCUAAUCAUGUCAUGGCUUUAACCUGUGAUUUUCACUGCAGAAAUGGACGUCCUGUUUCUGGUGGUGUUAUUGUUUGUUGGGGCGGUGGCCCGUGUAAGUAAAACUUAGUAUAUAUAAUUAAUUAAUGUUGGAAUUAAUGAGUUCUUCUAGAAUAUUAGCUCAUAUCUAUAAUGGGUGCAUGAGGGUUAUGUUUCAUUCAGCUUUUUUUAGAUGGGCAUAAGAGAAACAAUUGGCUGUGCGAAAUAAAAAUGAAAAACAAAGUUAUUUCAUGCUUUACUUUAAUUCUUUAAAUCUACAGCCAGGAAAUGGCUGGCAUCAAGGUCCAGGACCAAUGGGAGGAGGUCCAGGACCAAUGGGCGGAGGAUCUGGGCCAAUGGGAGGAGGACCUGGGCCAAUAGGUGGGGGGUCUGGGCCAAUUGGAGGAGGAUCUGGGCCAAUGGGUGGGGGGUCUGGGCCAGUGGGAGGAGGAUUUAGACCAAUGGGAGGAGGAUCUGGGCCAAUGCAAGGAGGAUUUGGGCCAAUGGGAGGAGGCUCUAGACCAAUGGGAGGAGGAUCUGGACCAAUGCAAGGAGGAUCUAGACCAAUGGGUGGAGGAUCUGGGCCAAUGCAAGGAGGAUUUGGUCCAAUGGGUGGAGGAUCUGGGCCAAUGCAAGGAGGAUCUAGACCAAUGGGUGGAGGAUCUGGGCCAAUGCAAGGAGGAUCUGGGCCAAUGCAAGGAGGAUCUGGUCCAAUGGGUGGAGGAUCUGGGCCAAUGCAAGGAGGAUCUGGUCCAAUGGGUGGAAGUCUAGGGCCAAUGGGAAUGCAACCUUGGCAAAUGAGAGAGAGUCCUGGACCAAAGGGUCAUAGGCCAAAGAAUGAAAGUUCAGAGCUAAUGGGAGGACAUCAUAGAUCAAACAAUGAAAGUUCUAGGGCAUUUGAUAGGCAUCAUAGGGGAAAGAAUGACAGUGAUGAGCUAAUAGGAGAACGACCAAAGAAUGACGGUUCUGGACGAUUUGGUGGAAGAGGUUCUCAGCCUCCACUUGUGCCUGCUCAGAUGAGGGCAUCAGAUCCUGGGCCAAUGCAGGGAGGAUCUAGACCAAUGGGUGGAGGAUCUGGUCCAAUGGGUGGAGGAUCUGGGCCAAUGCAUGGAGGAUUUGGUCCAAUGGGUGGAGGAUCUGGGCCAAUGCAAGGAGGAUCUAGACCAAUGGGUGGAGGAUCUGGGCCAAUGCAAGGAGGAUCUGGGCCAAUGCAAGGAGGAUCUGGUCCAAUGGGUGGAGGAUCUGGGCCAAUGCAAGGAGGAUUUGGUCCAAUGGGUGGAGGAUCUGGGCCAAUGCAAGGAGGAUCUGGGCCAAUGCAAGGAGGAUCUGGGCCAAUGCAAGGAGGAUCUAGACCAAUGCAAGGAGGAUCUAGACCAAUGGGUGGAGGAUCUGGGCCAAUGCAAGGAGGAUCUAGACCAAUGGGUGGAGGAUCUGGGCCAAUGCAAGGAGGAUCUAGACCAAUGGGUGGAGGAUCUGGGCCAAUGCAAGGAGGAUCUGGGCCAAUGGGAAUGCAACCUUGGCAAAUGAGAGAGGGUCCUGGACCAAAGGGUCAUAGGCCAAAGAAUGAAAGUUCUGAGCUAAUGGGAGGACAUCAUAGAUCAAACAAUGAAAGUUCUAGGGCAUUUGGUAGACAUCAUAGAGGAAAGAAUGACAGUGAUGAGCUAAUAGGAGAACGACAAAGACCAAAGAAUGACGGUUCUGGACGAUUUGGUGGAAGAGGUUCUCAGCCUCCAGUUGUGCCUGCUCAGAUGAGGGCAUCAGAUCCUGACCAAUCCAAAGGACCGUUUGGUAAUGAGAACUCUCAGGGGUUUCCUGCCAGUGACAACGGAGAACCAGACUUCCCCGGAUGGCAAAGGAAUGGUUUUGGAUCUAUGAGGCCUUUAGAUUAUGGUGCACAUGGAGGACCACAUGGAGGGCCACAUGGAGGGCCACAUGGAGGGCCACAUGGAGGACCACAUGGAGGGCCACAUGGAGGACCACAUGGAGGGCCACAUGGAGGGCCACAUGGAGGACCACAUGGAGGGCCACAUGGAGGGCCACAUGGAGGUGGAAGACCAUUCAAUCCGAACACGCAGUUCAUCCCACUGUUCAAGGCAGAGAAUAUCACACUGCAGGGUCUCAAUGUCACGCUGCCUCUGAAAGAGGGGGAAACCAUAUUCAUCUUACCAACAAUCCCAGGAUUGUCGCAGAUGGACAGGAACGCUCCUCAAGCCUACGCUACGUAUGGAGGAAUGUUUGGUGCUCAGCCCUAUUUGAAGGUCGCCUACAAUCCCAAUGCUUCGCAAAGAUUCUCAUUUGAAUACGGAGUCAUGCAGUUCCUUCCAUCUUUCCUGAAGGCUGAAUCGCAGACUAACGAAGACACCGACAUGUGAGAAGGAAGAUAAAUCUGCAACACACACCAUAUUAAGGGAAAACAGACUCCCAGCACUCACUGAUCUAUGCUCUUGGAUUGUGUGUGUGUGUGUGUGUGUGUGUGUGUGUGUGUGUGUGUGUGUGUGUGUGUGUGUGUGUGUGUGUGUGUGUACGGGUUCUUAAUAAAUGAAACAUCUGUAAUGAUUCCUUUUUAACAUUCAUUAA